AUGCUUCCACGCACCAAGUACAACCGCUUCAGGAAUGACUCGGUGACAUCGGUCGAUGACCUUCUCCACAGCUUGUCGGUAAGCGGUGGUGGCCGUGGCAGCAAGGUCUCCGCCGAGCGCACCACCCGGGCGGCGACCCCCUACCUGGUGUCCGGCGAGGGGCUGCGAAAGGCGUCCGACGAUGGGCCCGGCAGCCUGGGCCACCUGCUUCACAAGGUGUCCCACCUGAAACUCUCCAGCUCGGGCCUCCGCGGCCUGUCGUCGGCCGGCCGGGAGCGGGCGGGAGCGCGGCUCUCGGGGAGCUGCAGCGCGCCCAGCCUGGCCGCCCGGGACAGCAGCGCGCCCCCGGCCCCCCGCGCCCCGGCUGUCAGCAUGAGCACCGGCCGGAAGGGCCGGCCGGGCGACGAGCCACUGCCCAGGCCCCCUCGGGGGGUGCCACACUCCAGCGACCAGGUGCUGGGGCCCGGAGUCACCUAUGUCGUCAAGUACUUGGGGUGCAUUGAAGUUCUGCGCUCAAUGAGGUCUCUUGACUUCAGUACAAGAACACAAAUUACCAGGGAAGCCAUCAGCCGUGUCUGCGAAGCAGUGCCUGGUGCCAAAGGAGCACUCAAGAAAAGGAAGCCUCCAAGCAAAAUGCUAUCCAGCAUCCUGGGAAAGAGCAAUCUCCAGUUUGCAGGAAUGAGCAUCUCCCUGACCAUCUCCACCGCCAGCCUGAACCUGAGGACACCUGACUCCAAACAGAUCAUAGCUAACCAUCACAUGCAGUCCAUUUCCUUCGCCUCAGGAGGAGACCCGGACACAACAGACUAUGUUGCCUAUGUAGCCAAGGACCCUGUGAAUCGCAGAGCUUGCCAUAUUCUGGAAUGCUGUGAUGGGCUGGCUCAAGAUGUCAUCGGCUCCAUCGGACAAGCCUUUGAGCUCCGCUUUAAGCAAUACCUGCAGUGUCCUUCCAAGAUUCCGGCUCUCCAGGACCGGAUGCAGAGUCUGGAUGAGCCAUGGACAGAAGAGGAGGGAGAGGGUCCAGACCACCCAUACUACAAUAGUAUUCCCAGCAAGAUGCCUCCUCCAGGAGGGUUUCUUGAUGCUCGACUGAAAACCAGACCCCAGACCCCUGACACAGCCCAGUUUGCAGGAAAAGAGCAAACUUAUUACCAGGGAAGACACUUAGGAGAUACGUUUGGUGAAGACUGGCAGCCAACACCCAUCAGGCAAGGGUCCUUGGACAUUUACAGCAUGCCAGAAGGGAAAGCCAAUAUGGCCCCCAUGGGAGAAGCACCCACCUACAUCAACACCCAGCACAUCCCAGCACAGGCCCUGCCAGCCGCAGCCAGCAGUGCAGAGAGCAGCCCACGGAAGGAUCUCUUUGACAUGAAACCUUUUGAAGACGCUCUCAAGAACCAGUCCCUGGGACCAGUGUUGAGCAAGGCAGCCUCUGUGGAGUGCAUCAGCCCUGUCUCACCCAGAGCUCCAGAUGCCAAGAUGCUGGAGGAGUUGGAUGCUGAGCCUUGGUACCAGGGAGAGAUGAGCAGGAAGGAGGCCGAGGGGCUACUGGAGAAAGAUGGAGACUUCCUAGUCAGGAAGAGCACUACGAAUCCUGGCUCCUUUGUCCUCACUGGCAUGCACAAUGGCCAGGCCAAGCACCUGCUACUGGUGGACCCCGAAGGCACGAUCCGGACAAAGGACAGGGUCUUUGACAGCAUCAGCCACCUCAUCCACCACCACCUGGAGAGCAGCCUGCCCAUCGUCUCUGCUGGGAGUGAGCUCUGCCUCCAGCAGCCAGUGGAGAGGAAACAGUGAGCCUGUCUGCCCUCUCCCGAUGCUGAACGCCAGGUCAGGAGGAC